AUGAAGAGACGCCAUGAGGACUUCAUCCUGCGUCCAACCAAUACGUUCGGCCAGUUUGAGUCCCCGCUUUCGCCAGUCAUCAGUCAGUACAUCCGUAUCGCACAGGAAACCAAGUUUGAGCAGAUCGAUAACCUAUUCUUCACCAUUUGGCAAUUGCCCAAACCGCAGCUUGUCCUUACGUUCUAUGGCACUGAUCCAAAGUCGAUGGUAUUAACCAAACUGCUACAAAGAAGUCUUGGGAUGAUUACUCGGCAGACGCACGGAAAGUUAGGCGGCACAGCUGAGUUGGUGGCCCAGGCAAUACGAGGCUACACAGAAGCCUACGGGAUGAAGGAACUGCAGGUCAUCGGGCUCACACCCUGGGCUCUAUUGACCAAUGCUCAGCUUCUUAGUUCGGAUGACUUUCUGGUACGUAUUCUAGUCUCUUUUACUCGACGUGGCCAUAGCCAGAGCGCGCAGUUUGCGACAGACGAAAAGGGACUGUUACUCAAACGCUGUUAA